GCCCCGCCCCUGGGCCGCCGCGGGACGAGUAACGGUUACGAAGCACUUUCUCGGCUUCGGUUUCUGCUUAGUCAUUGUCUUCCAGGAAACAGCUCCCUCCUGGCGGCGGUGGCCGCCGAAGCCGCAGCGGCCCUCCGCGCCAGCGCCUCCCUCCGGGACCGCCUCUCGGUCGCCGCCCGGCCUCCUCGGGCCCGAGCGCACACACCGGGCUGUGGCCGCGCGGAGUCGGCAGCCUCGCGCUCGCCUCUCGGGCCUGGGACACCGCGCCCUGCGUGGCCUCCGUCUUCCCAGCCCGCCCCGUCCGUGGCCCCGUCGCUCUCCGGUCUCCCCCACCACCCCCUUCAAGGCGGCAGCUGCCAUGGGCACCGACAGCCGCGCGGCCGGGGCGCUCCUGGCGCGGGCCAGCACUCUGCACCUGCAGACGGGGAACCUGCUCAACUGGGGCCGCCUGCGGAAAAAGUGCCCGUCCACGCACAGCGAGGAGCUUCGAGACUGUAUCCAAAAGACCUUGAAUGAGUGGAGUUCCCAAAUCAGCCCCGAUUUGAUCCGGGAGUUUCCAGAUGUCUUGGAAUGCACCGUGUCCCACGCAGUUGAGAAGAUAAACCCCGAUGAAAGAGAAGAAAUGAAAGUGUCUGCAAAGCUGUUCAUUGUAGGAUCAAAUUCUUCAUCAUCAACUAGAAGUGCUGUUGACAUGGCGUGCUCAGUCCUUGGAGUUGCGCAGCUGGACUCUGUCAUCAUUGCUUCGCCUCCCAUUGAAGAUGGAGUGAACCUUUCCUUGGAGCAUCUGCAGCCUUACUGGGAGGAGCUAGAAAACUUAGUGCAGAGCAAGAAAAUUGUUGCUAUCGGCACCUCUGACCUCGACAAAACACAGCUGGAGCAGCUGUACCAGUGGGCACAGGUAAAGCCAAAUAGUAAUCAAGUUAAUCUUGCCUCCUGCUGUGUGAUGCCACCAGAUUUAACGGCAUUUGCUAAACAGUUUGACAUACAGCUACUGACUCAUAAUGACCCAAAAGAACUGCUUUCUGAGGCGAGUUUCCAAGAAGCUCUUCAGGAAAGCAUCCCCGACAUCGAAGCCCAGGAGUGGGUGCCAUUGUGGCUGCUGAGAUAUUCCGUCAUUGUGAAAAGCAGAGGAAUUAUCAAGUCAAAAGGCUACAUUUUGCAAGCCAAAAGAAGGGGUUCUUAACUACAACUCAAGCUCAAAACUUAUUGACCUGUAUUUAUCUCAGACAUAAGAUAAAAAAUUCGUAAGAGAAAAUUGAGAUGUGUAAAAAAAUCUAGCUCUUGCCUAUAACAGGUGUCGUUGAGGCAUUAUCUUCAGUUGUCUGGCAGUGUGUUGUCAAGGUUUGAAUACUUCUGCCUUUGCCUCAGCACUCACGGGAACCACUGUAUUGUUUUCAUUAAACUAUUGUUUUCUAACUGAAAUUGUCUAUAAAGAAAAGUACUUGCAAUAUAUUUCCUUUAUUUUUAUGAGUAAUAGAAAUCAAGAAAAUUUGUUUUUAGAUAUAUUUUGGCUUGGGCAUCAGGGUGAUAUAUACAUAUUUUUUAUUUCCAAGAUUCAUUAAUUGCUUCUUACUCUAUACUCUAUAACUAAGCAAUUAAAUUACAGUUGUUAAACAAGAUACUGGAAGAUAUUUUUUCCUGUCAUUGGCAAAAUAAUCUAUCUCAGAGUAACUACAGCAGCUGCGAUCUACUAGUAAUGUAAAUAAAAUUCAUUCUUUGAUCCAUGA